AUGAACAUCGUGAGGUUUCAGUUGUACAACCUCCAGGCCCUAGUGAAAACGGAUGAUAGUCGUGAUGGUGAAAACAAGCCAGCAAAGAAGUUCAAGCUGGAAGACGUCACCCUGAUAGCUCCGGAGCUUGACCACGGUAGCAUCGUCAAGGCUCUUGUACCACAAGAAUACACCCCAGAACAGCUAGUCUUCUCCCCCGGCUACUUCGGCAACCUGUCUCAACUUCUCUCCAACACAACUGCAGAGACGCUUCAGACAUUUUUCAUCUGGAGAGCAACCACAGUGCUUUCUGGCUAUGUCGAAGCUGAUGUCACAAACCGUCUGAACGAUAUGAUAUCUUUGCUUGGCGGCUUGGAUCCUGUGGUUGUCGGGAAAGUACCUCGGUGGAGACAGUGUGUUAGCUCUAUUAACGCUGGGCCAGAAUGGACUCAGUUCCUAUCUGGCCUCGGCUGGAUUGUCAGCCGCUUCUUUCUCGACAAAUCAUACUCCAAGGAAGCCCGUGAACUCACAACAAGCUUUAUGAGCUCCAUUCAGGACACGUUCAUUGCUCGUCUUGGCGAUAAGGACUGGCUCUCCCCCCCUGUUAGAAAGAUUGCUGAGGAAAAGGUGAACGCUAUCACGAAGAAAAUCGGCUACCCAGAUCAAUCCCCAGAAACAACGAAUCCAAAGAGUCUUUCGGAUUAUUUCAGUGGUGCUUCUAUUGGCAGUUGCCACCUAGAAAAUAUGCUCUCACUUGCCCUCUCUUCAACCAACCGCACUUGGUCUUACCUAAGCAAGCCUACUGAAAAGGGUUUUUGGUAUAUGUUGCCCUCACGGGUUGAUGCAUACUACUUGCCUGCAUUAAACGAUAUCGUCAUCCCGGCGGCCAUGCAACAGAAACUAUUCUUUGCUGCUGGGUACCCAUCAUAUAUUACUUACGGCGGCCUCGGGACAGUUCUCGGACACGAACUGACACAUGGAUUUGGUAACACUGGACACAAUUAUGCACCAAAUGGAUCUCUGGUAAACUGGUGGGACAAUAGCAGUACCAAGGGGUUUCGAGAGCGAACGAAGUGCUUCGUCGACCAGUACCAGAACUUCACUCUUCUGGCACCCAACGGCACACGUGUUUCCGUCAGAGGCAAGUUUACGCUCGGCGAGAACAUAGCUGAUGCAGGUGGGUUGACAACCGCAUAUGCGGCGUGGAAGCAUGCCCAGGCGGAUAAAAAGGUUCAAGACUUUGAUUUGCCGGGCUUAGAACGCCUUCUCGCAUGA